GAAUGGAAUUUUUUCAGCAUCAGUACAAGAAAUCUGAUUUUUAACGCUGGCACUACAAACUGGCACAAUGUGUGGCCAGCGACCGGAGAAGAUUGUUGCUUUUUGGACGUUGGUUUUCGUGAGGAUAGUUACUGGGCUUGCUGGAGAGGGAAGAUCUGUGUGGAAAAAGGACUCCCACUUCAGCCCCGUGAGCGAAACACAGAUGUUUUUAUAUGACACUUUCCCCAAGGAUUUUCUCUGGGGGGUAGGGACAGGAGCUUUCCAGGUGGAAGGCAGCUGGAGGAAGGACGGGAAGGGCUCCUCCAUCUGGGACCGCUUCACCCGCUCGGAGUUCAGGGACGCUGACAGCGCAGGCACCUCCAGUGACAGUUAUAUCCUGUUGGACAAAGAUUUGUCUGCUCUGGAGUUUUUGGGAGUUACUUUUUACCAGUUUUCAAUUUCAUGGUCAAGGCUCUUCCCCACUGGAGUGGUGGCAGCUCCCAGUGAAAAAGGACUUCAGUAUUAUAACACCCUUAUUGACUCUUUACUCUACAGAAAUAUUGACCCCGUGGUUACACUGUACCACUGGGACCUGCCCUUGAUGCUGCAAGAAAAAUAUGGGGGAUGGAAAAAUGAAUCUGUGAUUGAGAUUUUCAAUGACUAUGCCACAUUUUGCUUCCAGACCUUUGGGGAUCGUGUUAAAUAUUGGAUUACAAUCCACAAUCCAUAUUUAGUUGCUUGGCAUGGGUAUGGCACAGGUAUUCAUGCUCCAGGAGAGAGAGGGAAAAUAAGAACUGUCUACUCAGUAGGACACAAUUUGAUCAAGGCACAUGCAAAAGUUUGGCAUACCUACCAAGAACACUUUGAACCCUAUCAGAAGGGGAUGAUAUCCAUAGUAUUGGGAUCCCACUGGAUCGAGCCUAACAAAUUGGAAGAUGAGUCAGACAUUUCUAAAUGUCAGAAGUCCAUGGAGAGAGUACUCGGAUGGUUUGCUAAACCCAUCCACGGGGAUGGGGAUUAUCCAGAAGAACUGAAAAAUGAAUUCUUGUUUCUGCCAAACUUUACUGAAGAGGAAAAAAACUACAUAAAGGGAACAGCUGACUUCUUCGCAUUUUCCUUUGGUCCUAGUAACUUUAAACCUCCAAACACUCUACCGAAAAUGGGACAAAAUUUGUCACUCAAUUUGAGGGAAGUACUGAACUGGAUUAAACUGGAAUACAACAGUCCUCGAAUCUUGAUUGCAGAGAAUGGCUGGUUCACUGACAGCCAUGUGAAAACAGAUGACACCACAGCCAUCUAUAUGAUGAAAAAUUUCAUUAAUAAGGUUUUACAAGCUAUUAAAUACGACAACAUAGAUGUGUUUGGUUACACAGCCUGGUCCCUCCUUGAUGGCUUCGAAUGGCAACAUGCUUACAGCAUCAGGCGUGGAUUAUUUUAUGUAGACUUCAAAAGCAAAAAAAAGGAAAGGAUUCCCAAGUCAUCUGCACUUUAUUAUAAACAAAUCAUAAGAGAAAAUGGCUUCUUCCCAAAGGAUUCUACCCCAAACUUGCAAGCUCAGUUCUCCUGUGACUUCUCCUGGGGUAUCACCGAGUCUGUUCUCAAGGCAGAAACGGCAGCUUCCUCACCACAGUUCUGUGAUUCCAGCUUGUACCUCUGGAAUGUCACAGGAGAUGGGCUUCUGCACAAAGUUGAAGGGGUAAAGCUAAAAACCCGACCAGCACAGUGCACAGAUUUUGUCAGUAUUAAAAAGCAACUGGAUCUCCUGGAAAAAAUGAAAGUCACCCAUUACAGAUUUGCACUUGACUGGUCACUAAUUUUACCCAACGGAGAUUUGUCAGUGGUCAACAGGCAAGUUCUUAGGUAUUACAGAUGUGUGAUUAGCGAAGCCCUGAAACUGAACAUUCAGUCCAUGGUCACCUUGUAUUAUCCAACUCACAUGUACCUGGGCCUGCCAGGUCCUUUGCUGCAGACAGGAGGGUGGUUGAACCAAUCCACUGCCUAUGCUUUUCAAGAGUACGCAGCUUUAUGUUUUAGGGAGCUUGGCGAUUUGGUUAAACUGUGGAUUACAAUAAAUGAGCCAAACCAGCUAAGCAAUGUCUACAGCAGGAGCAGCAAUGACACCUAUCGGGCAGCACACAAUUUGUUAAUAGCACACGCCAUGGCCUGGAGAAUAUACGACGAGCGGUACCGGUCCUCUCAGUAUGGCAAAGUGUCCCUGUCCCUGCAUUCCGACUGGGCUGAGCCUGCCAACCCCUUCUUUGAAUCUCAUUCAAAAGCUGCCAACAGGUUUCUUCAGUUUGAAAUAGGCUGGUUUGCCAAUCCCAUAUUUAAGACUGGGGACUAUCCAGCUACUAUGAGGGAAUACAUCACCUUUAAAAACAGAAAAGGCCUUUCAUAUACUUUGUUGCCAUCUUUCACAAGUGAGGAAAAGCAGCUUGUCAAAGGUGCAGCUGACUUUUUUGCACUGAAUCAUUUCACCACCAGGUUUGUGAUUGAUGAACCUCAGAAUGGAAGCCGGUAUGAAUUUGAUCGUGACAUUCAAUUUCUGCAGGAUAUCACCUGCCUGAGCUCUCCUUCUCGUUUGGCAGUGGUGCCCUGGGGAAUGCGCAAAGUUCUCAGGUGGAUCAAAAAAACUUACGGUGACAUCGACAUUUACAUCACAGCAAACGGAAUAGAUGACCCAUCCUUAGACAAUGAUGAGCUUCGAAAUUAUUACUUGGACAAAUACAUGCAAGAGGUUUUAAAAGCCUACUACAUUGACAAAGUCAAGAUUAAAGGCUACUAUGCGUUUAAGCUGACUGAAGAAAAAUCUAAGCCCAGAUUUGGAUUCUUCACUUCAGAUUCAAAAGAAAAGCCUUCAGUAAGAUUUUACAAUAGCCUGAUAAGCAACAAUGGCUUUCCUGCUGACUACUCAGUCUGUGGCCCCUCUAUCCAUGAAAAGCAGUGUAGCUUCUGCUUGUUUAUUUCUCAGAAGAAGCCGUUAAUAUUCUUUGCCUGCUGCCUCUUCUCUACCUUCAGUUUGCUUUUAGCUAUUAUUUUUUUUCACAAAAGAAAAAGAAGGAAACGUUUUAAGGCAAAAAGCAUCAAAUGCAUCUGUGUCUCAUUUUAAAAGGGGGCACAAGCCCACUUUCAGUGAGAUCCAUCACUGCAUUCUACAGUGGGACGAUACCACUCAGACAACUGAGGAAAAGCACUGAGUCACUCCAGCCACACACACCAGCAACUCAUUCAAAAACAAAGUAAUCACACCCACAGGAAGAAGAGCCAUGGCACUUGUUUCUUGUGAAAUUACUUUAAUCCAUCUACUAUACCUAGAAGACAACUUCAUGUUAAAAAAAAAUAAAAUUACGACCCUCCUGUGCCUUGGAGUAACCUUUAAAACAGCUUUACUUGGAAA